AACAACAUGGGAGGUGUGAACCAAACAACUAUAUCAGAAUUCAUUCUUCUGGGGCUUAGUGAUGAUCCAGCUCUGCAGCCUUUCAUCUUUACCCUGUUCCUGUCCAUAUAUCUGAUCACCACCUUAGGAAAUUUGUUCAUCAUUCUAGCUGUUAGCUUUGACUCCCAACUACACAUGCCCAUGUAUUUCUUUCUCUCCAACCUGUCUUUUAAUGACAUCUGUAUAAUCACAACCACAAUCCCAAAGAUGCUGAUGAACAUCCAAACCCAUGAUCAGACCAUCACAUAUAAAGGAUGCCUCUCUCAGGUCUACCUCAUUGUGAAUUUUGGCAGCAUAGAAAGUUGUUUACUUGCAGUGAUGGCCUAUGACCGCUAUGUUGCUAUCUGCCACCCUCUGAAGUACACAGUUAUCAUGAAUCACUAUUUUUGUGUGAUGAUGCUGCUCUUCUCUGUGUUCGUUAGCAUUGCACAUGCGUUGUUCCACAUUUUAAUGGUGUUGAUACUGACUUUCUGCACAAAAACUGAAAUCCCUCACUUCUUCUGUGAGCUGGCUCAUAUCAUCAAACUUGCCUGUUCCGAUAAUUUUAUCAACUAUCUGCUGAUAUACACAGUGUCUGUCUUAUUUUUUGGUGUUCAUAUUGUAGGGAUCAUUUUGUCUUAUAUUUACAUUGUAUCCUCAGUUUUAAGAAUGUCAUCAUUGGGAGGAAUGUAUAAAGCCUUUUCAACAUGUGGAUCUCAUUUGUCGGUUGUUUCUCUGUUUUAUGGCACAGGUUUUGGGGUACACAUAAGCUCUCCACUUACUGACUCUCCAAGGAAGACUGUAGUGGCUUCAGUGAUGUACACUGUGGUUACUCAGAUGCUGAACCCCUUCAUCUGCAGCCUGAGGAACAAAGACAUAAAGAAAGCCUUCAGAAAAAUCAUUAAUAGGAUACUACAUAUUUUAUAA